UUCCAAAGCGUGUGUACUUACUCUUGAAUUCUCGCGAUUCGCAUUCCAAUUUUACCCUCCUCACACAAGCGAGCGAGAGAGAGAGACAUACACCAUUGUCUCUAUGCAUGUCUAAUCCUUUCUCUCUCUCUCUCUCUCUUUCUUUCUUUCUCUCUCUCUCACCCCCUUUGCCAUUUCACCUGAUUCUCUUUAGUUUUUCUUUCUCUCUUCAAAACUUCGUCGAUCGUUCUAUUUAUCUUCGACGCUCCUCUCUCGCUCUCUUCUCUUCCUACGUUCUUUCUCCUUCUCUCCGUAUCUCCCUCCCUUUCACUCCCUUCUUACCGUCGCUCCCACGCUUCUCGCGAUCUACUACGGCGUGCGUUUACCAGUGGGAUCGUUUCUGAAAGCGCAAUAGUCAACUAUGACGACGUGAGUGUGUUUCUUCGAAAAGGAAAGAUUGACCGAAUCAAGCGGGAUAAAACUGAAGAAAAAGGGAGAGAAUUAUCCGACGGAGCUGACGGGAAAAGUAUAUAUCGAAGAAAUCGGACGCUAAAUACGAGGAGAGAACCGAUCAAACGGAGUUCUCGAUUACAUCGCUGAAAAAAAAAUAAGAGGAAAAGAAGAAAAAAAAAGAAAAAAACGAACGACAGGCGAGGCGACUUUACGACUCUCUCGGAGGAGUGUCGCUCGCGCGUUCGCUCUCCGGCUCCCUCCCCCUAUCCUUCCCCCUCUCUCGCACCACCCUCACUCCGAUCCCUCCACGUUAGCGGGAGUCUCUCCUCUUCUCCUCCUUCGUCUCGCCCCCCCCCUCCUCCCCCGUUCUCUUGCUUUCGUCUCGCCCCUCCUCCACUCGUCGCGUCACUGCCUCCUCCCCUUCUCUCCUUCGUCUUCAACGCCGUCGUCGCUGCCCGCCGCCUUCGCUGACUCCGCUCCGGCUCCUUUUCUUUUAAACGCUCCUGCGUCAGUACGUCUCCACCCGUCCGCGCGCGCCUGGUACUCUCUCGUAACCGGAGAGAGAACAACUCCGUCGUUCUCCGUCCCGACACCGCGCCGCCGCCGUCGCCGCCUCCGCCGCCGCCUCUGCCACCACCGCCGCGCAACGUCGCGGCCCGCUCACUCAUCGCCUCCCUUUUGAGUGUUGCAUUAAGCGUGCCCGCGCGCGCCCAACACGCGCCAACAUUCGCCAUUGAAGCAGCCGAGUACAAUUUGCGAUGUGUGAUAAUACUAACACGACGACGCAGAGUAUAGCGGACUACCUGUCACAGUUGCUGAAGGACCGGAAGCAGCUAGCUGCCUUCCCAAAUGUCUUCAUUCAUGUGGAACGUCUGCUGGAUGAGGAAAUCGCGAAGGUGCGGGCGAGCCUUUUUCAAAUCAGUGGAGUGAAAAAGGAGCCGCUCGUCUUGCCGGAACCCGAGGGUGACAUUACGACGCUCACGGAGAAGGUCUAUGUACCCGUUAAGGAACACCCAGACUUCAACUUUGUCGGGAGGAUUCUGGGGCCACGGGGCAUGACCGCAAAACAAUUGGAACAAGAGACAGGAUGCAAAAUAAUGGUGCGCGGGAAAGGAUCGAUGAGGGAUAAGAAAAAGGAGGAACAAAAUCGGGGCAAGCCGAAUUGGGAGCACCUGACGGACGAGUUACACGUGUUGCUCACUGUCGAGGACACCGAGAAUCGUGCCACACUGAAGCUCGCCCGAGCUGUCGAGGAAGUCAAGAAGCUACUCGUGCCCGUGCAGGCUGACGGCGAGGAUGAGCUAAAGAAGAGGCAGCUAAUGGAACUCGCCAUUAUCAAUGGGACUUACCGGGACUCGAACACAAAGGUUGCCGCCGCGGCAGCCUGUGACGAGGAGUGGCGGCGGGUAGCCGCCGCCGCGGCGGAGACGCAACGCCUGUUGCCGGGGCUAGCGACGCCGAUGCGGACUCCGAGCGCGCCUCUGGGCGCGCCCCUGAUCCUGUCGCCGCGGAUAUCAGUGCCGACGACCGCCGCGUCCUUGCUGAACGGCUCCGGGCCACCCGGCUCGCUUCUAUCUGCCGGUGAUCCCCACGGGCUCAUCUACACGCCGUACGCGGAUUACGCCAACUAUGCCGCCCUGGCCGCAUCGCCGUUGCUCACCGAGUACGCCACUGCUGAUCAUUCUGGCGCAGCUGCGGCCGCCGCCAAGCAGCGUAGGCACCUGGGUCAGAUCCGCGAGCACCCUUAUCAAAGGGCCGGCGCUCUCUCGUGAACACACAGAGACGAUGCGAGUACACAGAGAGAGCGAGAGAGAGAGAGAGAAAGAGAGAGAGAGAUAGAAAGAGAGAGAAAAAGAAAGAGAGAGAGAGAGAGAAAAAGCGAAAAAGAGAGAAAAAACAGAGCACUGUUCCCGCGCCAUUGCGGAAAGGCUUGGAGUGCUAACAAUGGAUAUCCACUCGCCCCGUGCUAACACCUGGACUCUGGAACAGCAUCCCGCGUUCGAUCGGUUCACCAACCAGCCGACCACCUUCGCCGUCCGUCCGCGUCACCAGCCCCGUUCGUCAAGCUUAUCCAUCAUCCUGUAUCCUCUUAAUGUUCGGAAACGUUAGUUUCUCCCACGCGUCUCGGCGACCGAUGGAGUCGUCGCCGAUUGGAAUCCGAGCCACUUCGUGCCGUCGUAACCCCAUCGAUGGCACAAAUAUAAUUCAUCUCACUUCGCAAAACGAUAGCGUUGCGAGGUGCAUUAGCAUAAUAUACAGAGAUUUGGGACCCUAUAUAUUAGUAUACAUUUUAUAUAUUAUAUAUUUAUGGAUAAAUAUAUAUUAUAUAUUUUAUGUAGAAUACCCGCACGCCUUUUUUGCAAAAAGAAAACGCAGAACUUUAUUCCGUACUUGUUUUGGACGCGAGUCAGGUAUGCGAAAUCUGAAUUCAGUGCAACGUUAGCGGUAAUAGCAGUAGUUUUUAGUACGAACGUUAGUUUAUCGGUUAUUUUUACUCCUUCGUGGGGAGGGGAAUUUUGUUGUAGCACGCGCACGAUGUAUCUCCGAAGUAUUUUAUUUUCUCUCUCUUCUCGUGGCAGCGAUGAAAUGUUGUUCGCGUUUUUCCCAGUACUUAUGACUACGCUGGCACCUCCCCGUCUCUGGAGGUGGCAGCGCAAGAAUGUGACAACGUUAAUAUAACUUAAACGCAAUGAUAUAUUUACGCGCAUUUUUAAGAGCUAACUGCUGAAGGAAGUGUCGCGCGAAAAAAAAAACACAAAUGAGAAUAUAUGCGAGAACUUGCAAAGUUCUUCAAAGACCUCGUCGGAGAAAAUUACAAUUGAUGCCAAUGUGUCUUCCUUUUUUUUUCUCGUGCGACACGUCUCUCAUGGAGAAAUUGUCGAAAUUCUGUACAACUCUCUCGCAUAAAUGUGCCUUAUGUAAUGUUAAUGUAGUGCGGUAUAGCCGCGUUACUGUUCUAGAUAAAGCUUUGUUAUCGAUAGACUCUACGUAGUAGCAUUAGAACUGUGCAAUCAAAAUUUAACUUUCACGCGAUAUGUAUAUCUCUAGAAAGAGAAGGACAAUGCCGAUUGAAUCGUGUUCCUAAUAGUCUUUUUCGUUAAGUUGCGAGAAGAACUGUUAGGAUCCACAGCUAGAAUCAUGAAUAUCCCAAGAAUAAGGCUUUAAAAAUAUGCGUUGUAUGCGGAUGCACGAGAGAGCUACAUGUACAUAUUGUUUCAGCUGAAAGUAUUAAGAGAAGUGCUGUUCGCAGAGAAUAUUCUAGUACGUCAAUGUGCAAUACGUUGAUGAUGAAAGAAAAGUGGCAGGUCAUCCAAAAUGCAUUGCCAAGAUUCAUGAAUUGCACAUUUUAACUUUACGAAAAACUUACAAUUGAAAUCGCAGGAUUAUCGAACAGAUACGUAUAUGUAUUUAUAUAAAUAUCGAUAAAAUGUCGAUAUCAUCAGGUAAAAAAAAAAAGAAUAACAGAAGUAUCGCGAGAUCUGUUAUGACUUUCUACAUCGCGGAAUUAUUUGCAAGAUAUUAUUAAACAUGUAUAUGAAUAUAAACAAAAGAAAUGUAAUCUCUGUCUACAUACAAGCAAAAAGUGUUUGCGUGAGAGAGUGACUUACUUAAUAUCGACUUUAUCAUUAUAUUAGAGAGUUGCAUCACUUUUUAGGUCUGCCAUAUUGUACAUGUAAUGAUUAAGAAUAUCAAGUUGCACGCGUUAUAUAACUUCUGUAUAGUCAUUCAUGUGUCAAAUGUUAUACUCGUUCUUUCGACAGAUAUUUUUGAAUUUUUGUCCAAGGAGUCCCUCCUAGGUGUACCGAUAGCUCGGUCCUUCAUGUAUAUAUAAGCGUUGAAAGAUAUACACGCACAUGUUUAAGAGUGAUCUGAAAUCUACUUAAGUUCUCAACGUAAAAAAAAAACAAAUAUUCGAUAUAUAUUUUAUUAUUGUACGUAAAUAAUUGAUUUAACGAAAUAUUUUGAAUAUCAUUGUCCUUUAUUAAGUGCGAUUAUAAUAUACGAAUUACAUAAAAUAUCGCGAGCGUGGUUAUAUAGAGAACAGUAUAUGUAUACUCUUUAUGUAUAUUCUGUUUAAUAUAUAUAUGCGCCUGAGAACGUAAAUUAUUACACAUGUAUACACAUAAUGUAUUAUACAUAUGCACUGACUCAGUUGUGAACAUCCGGACGGUAUGAAUAAAUACCACUGUGAUUUACUUCUGCGUCAAAUAUGCGGGGAUACAUUAUCUGUUAUGAUUUUGGAAAGAAAAUCCAUUUUUAAUAUUUGCGUUCUAUUAUAAUUUAUUAUAUAUAGUUUUUGUAUAAUAUUGCAGCUCGUACUGCAGUUAUCAGUUAUAUAAGCUAUAUGGCGCAUAUCCGAUCUUCAUUAU